AUGUCAAUCUGCGUCACGAGCAACGACGAGUUCCAGCAUAUUUUGCGUAUCAGGAACACAAACAUUGAUGGCCGGGAGAAAGUUGUUAUAGCACUAACAGCUAUCCGUGGAAUCGGUCGCAGAAUAUCAACUGUCAUAUGUAAGGAAUCUGGCGUUGACCUUAACAAACGUGCGGGUGAACUUACUGAAGAGGAAAUAGACAAAAUAUGCGCAAUAAUGUCAAAUCCUACACAAUUCAUGAUCCCCUCAUGGUUCCUAAACAGACAGAAGGAUUACAAAGAAGGAAAAAAUUUUCACGUCGUAUCAAAUGCCCUAGAUUCUGCACUGCGCGAUGACCUGGAAAGGUUGAAAAAGAUGAGAUUGCACAGGGGUUUGAGGCAUUACUGGGGGCUGAGAGUUAGAGGGCAACAUACUAAAUCAACAGGGAGGCAUGGCAAGACAGUUGGUGUCUCGAAGAAGAAGGGCGGUUGA